CUGCUCCACCAGAGUCUAUCACGCGAGACCAGGAUAGGAUUUUAGUUAUGCUCACUAUUAUGGUGAUUCUUACCUGAAAUUUCAAGGCUUGCAUUUAAACAUGCAAAACUUCAUCCACUUGGAAUUUAAGACCUAUAAACCUGAUGGACUACUCCUAUAUAUUGAAGAGAGCUCGGAAACAAUAGGACAGUUUUUAAUUCAGCUUUUUAUCAGACAUGGCAUCUUACAGUACCAAUUUGUAUGUGGUAGAGCAACUCAAGUCAAAAACAUCACAACUCCUGCUAGAGUGGAUGAUGGACAAUGGUAUAAAGUGCAGAUUAGAAAAGUAUUUUACAUCAUAGACCAAGAAAAGGACAAAUUUCCUACCGAGAUCAUUACUUUUGUUCACACCAGUAAUGUUACACCUUUUAAUGUUUGUAAAUAAACAUGCAUAUUACUGUCAGGCACUGCUCUCUAUCCAGUCCUUGUAGUUCACCAAAACGUUCAUACUGAAAGUAAAAUAGCAGCAUUUCUGAAAUAAAUUUCUCACGAUGAUGGAAUAUUGUGUCUCAACUGUAACAACUGAAAAAAACUGGAUGCAGUAACAGGACAGGAUCUUCAUCACAGAUCUUGGAAAGAUUGAUAAUUUCAGAUAGGAUAUUGCCCCAAAUUAGUUUGUGGUUUUGGCUGCAAAAUGGAGCAUGUGCCUCAGAGCAGUGCCCAAGAACCCUGUAUUUAUAUGCGAGAUAGCGUGGUUGUUUACUAAGUCUUAUUUUUAAUGAAAAUCAUUGUGCCUAUUUUACACACGUCUGAUUGUCUGGAUUUUGUUACAAGUGAAUUGAUAACGCAAUAUUGAAAGUCUGGGUAUGGACAAUAUCGCACAGGGAUUAGAUUUUUGCAGGCCUUAUAGAGGGAAGAAAAUGUUAAAAAGACUCGAGCAUUGGAAAGUUUACAUGUUUGUUCUAAUGCUCCAUUGGAACAACAACCAUUUCCAUACCGAUAAUAAUAGCAUCAUAAAAUCCUUGGUUAAAUUAAAUUUACUUUUUAUCUCAGAUCACAGUUGGCAAUGACUUUAACAAAGCUAGCAGUUUAUGAAUUGAUUAUGCAGUAGAUGUCACCAAUAAAACUUCUUUUCUUUAAAAUGAAUCUAUCAAAUUUGUAUUUCUUUUUUUAAUUGACCCUGACCAUUAAGAUUAGAAAACUGGUCUAGGUGCUGCAUCAGCCUAGACAUCAUAUGAAAAGGGUGCAUUUUUCUCAUGAAGUUCGUAAUUUGAAAUUUUCACUAAUUAUCUGUAGGGCUUUGGGGGAUUGAUUAUCUUGGUUUUGAGAUGAAGAUGUUUUCUUAUUCUUCUAGUCAGUAAAAGGUCUUUCUAAUCAUGCCAUAAUGCAACAUAUGCUCUCUCUGGAGCUUGUACUUUACUUGUUUGUUGAUAGCUUUUGUGAAGGCCUGAAAUAACCCAUAUGGUGCAAAAUAUGCUGUAUUUGUUAUACUUCAGAAUAUACAACAAAGCCCAGAUUUUCCCUAGGGCUUCUGAGCUGGUGAAA